AUGGACAGGCAAAGAUUCUCAAAUCUACUGAAGGAUAGCGAAAGUGCCGUACCACCUGACCAUAGUAUGAACUUGGGGAAGCACGCCGUGAUGGUCAGGGACCUCAAAAGAAAGUACUUUAUAAAUAAGGUUACACUAUUAGAUGUUUAUGAUUACUAUAGAACGCCACUAUCGGUAUACACAUCGCAGAAGAUCCGGAAUGUGUUUAUAACUGUAUCCCUGUGCCUAACGGUUUAUUUUGCAUCGAAUAUGGAUGCGAUUAGAGGCAGCAGAAUUCCAAGGCUUGGGAUGAAUUUCUCUUCUGCAACGCUUGUGGUGGGAGGUGUGUUUGUUGUGAGAGAAGCUAUUUCUUAUGUGAUAAACCUUAAGAAGAUGAUAUCUGUAUUUUACAUAUACAAGUACAUCCUACAGGAGAGCAUAGACAACAUAAGGUUCAAGGACGUAGUUGAGGGAGUAAUCAAGUUAGAGAAAGAAGUCCACAACAGAGACCUUACGGGAAGAGGCUUCCGAGACAUUGUGAACCACAACAAUUUCCUUUUGCUCUUGAUGAUGAGGAAAUUCCCCACGAUAUUUCGCCCGGUAUGCUCUAGGUUUCUUCUUUAUGUCCUCCAUUCCUACACCGAGAAGAUAGAGGACGGGCAUAUAGAGGAGAUCGGCGAUGAAAUGAGGGUGAUUUCCGCAGCCAUAUUUCUGCUGUCGCCCAUCAUCUCGGCCUUCUUUAUUCUGUACUAUAUUGUGAGGAUUAUAGAGAAGUCUCAAAGCAAUGCAUUUUAUGUGCUCAAAAAAGCCCACAGGCCAUCGUUCAGGUAUUUUAUGUCCAAGAGAAACGAGUAUCCUCACGAGACACGGAGGAAGAUACAGAAAGGCACAGACUAUCUGAAUGCAUUCUUUCUUGCAAAAAAAAGAGAUUGCAUCGUGAGAAUCUGCUCUGCAGUUUCCUUCUUCUUAAGCUGCCUUGUGUUUCUAGCAGCAUAUUUGAUUCUGAAGACGGCGCUUGUGUCCAGUCAGGGCUUGAACGGGGUCUUGUAUCAAGACAUAGUCCUCUUUGGAAAGACAACAAAUAUAAUAUAUCUCUCGUACUUCAUAGGCGGGAUAUCCUGCUUCCUAAGGUGCCUGAACUUCGACUAUGCAACAACAAGCCGCCGCAGAAAGUUUGUCAAGUGGUGCAUUCUCAUGGAGCAGAAGGACCUACUUAAUUACUCUGAAAGUCGGAGACGUCUGGCCGCAUUCAUGUCCAAGUUCUUCGUCCCUCGUAUAUAUUUAUUUCUGAUAGAAAUUUCCUCUCCGUUCAUUGUUCCAUUCCAGCUCGAAAAGCUGAGGAAGAACCUGAGGAGAAUCCACACAAUGCUCAAUUCUGCAGACGUAUGGGAGGAGUGUCUUGGGGGAAUCCAAAGCAACAGAAUUUCCGUCCUGGAUCUAUGA